UGUUUCUCUGGCCUGUGUGUGCAGCACCCAUGAGGGCCAGAAGCCUGCAUGGAAUCCCCUGGAAUCUCAGUUCCCCAGGCUGUGAGCUGCUGUCUGGAUGCUGGGGAUCCAGCCUGGGUCCCCAAAGAGCAGCUGGUGCUCUCACCCUCUGAGUUCUCUCUCCAGACCCCAGAAGCUGCUUUUAAUUGGGAGAUGUUUUUUAGUUGCAGAACUCCCCUGAAGGUCUUAGGUGCUAGAGUCACAGAGGAAAGCUCAGACUUCCUUCCCCACAAGACAGCUGCUGUCUCCAACAGGAGAAAGCGAAAGGAAGGAAAUGGAGGGGGAAGGGAGAGUGAUAAGAAGGACUGGGGGAGGGGCCACAGUGACAAGCAGGGGGACAGGAACUUGAGGGUUCAAAGACCUUCAGGUGGUGUGGGAAAGGGACCUGGAGGGGCAAAUGAGUCUGGAAUGGAGGAGAAACUUGAGAAAGAGGAAGUGAGAAAGAGCAGGCUGGAGGCUCCAGGGGACCCAGAGGGAUGGUCUAGAGGGAGACAGAGAGAGUGUGUGAAUCUAGAGAAGCAGAAAAACUGCUAAAGCUAACAGGACCACCUACUGGAAGGGCCAAAAGACUCUGUUGCUGUGGGUGUGGAAACCUCACAAGGACAAUCUGGGGUAAAUUCCUGGAUCACGUUGAGCAGAGAACCAGCUGAAGGCACGACUGUCUUCAUCUCUCCUGACUCUGUUGUCCAGGGUCCCUGAGGGCUCAGCUGAGGUGAGUGAGGUGAAGGGACAGCCUGUGUGGGAGCCCUGGACCACAGUACCCUUGCUCUCUGUUCACACUGAGUGCUCCGUGUGCCCAAGCUUGACUGAAAGGAAAUCACAGUGGGCUCCAAGAGAGGACCGGAGCUGCAUGGCCCUGAGGGACCCCCGAAGAGAUGUAGGAAAAAGAGUUGUAGGAAAAGAUGGGAACUAGGAACCGGCAUGGCUGGAGCACAGGACGGACUGAAUUCACAUCCCGGGUGCCCAGUGUUUUGUGAAUCUCUGCACAGGGUCCUCUGUGGGGCGGUACUGAGGACUCCCCAUUCUCCAUUCUCUCCACAGCUCCAGUCACACCUGCCGGGUGCCGGGCCUCAGGAAGGAACCAUGGCAAAGGCUGCAGCCUCAGGAUCCCUAGUUCUGUGCUUUUUCGUUCUGUUGAUCUGUCUGGGAUCUUCACUGCAAGCCAAUACACACUCUCUUAGUUGUGAUGUCAUUGUCAAUGCUCGGACCACACCUGGGCAGUCCUGGUGUGAAGGUCAGUGCUCAGUGGAUGGAGAGCCUUUACUUCAAUAUAAAAAUAGCAAAUUCACACCUUUGGGUGACCUGGGAAAUGCAGCCAAUGGGACUCAAGUGUGGACAGAUAUGAUCCAAAGGCUGGAAUACUUGAGGCAAGAGCUCAGGAAGAUGUUGGCUAACUCCAUGCAAAAGAUGACCAAGACCAAUGGUCAGCCCACUUUACAGGCCACCAUGCUUUCUCAAUAUGAACACGAACAAAGUGUUGGUGCCUCCUGGAGAUUUAACAUCAGUGGAAAGUACUCCUUCCUCUUGGACACAAUGAAUAUGAAUUGGACACUGAUUGAUCGUGAAGCUGGUGGUAUCAUGAACACAUGGCAGGAUGAUGAACAAUUCAUAAAAGAUCUCAUGAUAAUCUCCACAGCAGACUGCAGGCACUGGCUCAAGGAACUCUUAAAACACCAGAAGGAAAAGCCAAUACCAACAUCAAGUGUCACGGAUAUCACCCAGCUUCCAUCCAUCACCCAGCUUCCAUAUACUAUGUACACCACCCAGAUUCUGUCUUCCAGGCAAUUUUCCAAUAAGGAAAUAUCUACCAUCAUAGAAGUAGUCGGCGCCAUCAUCAUCAUCAUCAUCAUCAUCCUGUCUGUCAUUUUUGGCAUUUAUAUGUAUGUGAAGAAAAAAUGUCAUCCCCAAGGAGACAGAAAUCUUCAGCUGCUCAUGAACUGUCCCAUCAACUGCCACAAGCCACAGAGGGAAGAGAGGACAAUGGAGCCAAACGAAGAGUUCCCCAACCAGGCCACCCAAAUGUUGUCCCAGGAGGUUGAGCCCAUGACAUGGGAAUAACAGAAUUUACUAAACCACACAUCUGCAUCACCCCACCCAAGAGUCAGGAAUCUCAUUAGAAAGGGGAAAGAAAGGAUAUAAGAGACCCCUGCGUUCCAGCCAUGACAUGGCUGCUGCACUGCUGAACUCUCAGCAGCUCCGAGCACUUGCAUGAUCCCUGCACAAGAGCAGGCCUGUCAGCCUUCCCUUCAUGGAGAGAGAGGGGCUCAUGAGGCUCCAGAGCUCCUUAGAAUCUAUCUUCAGUUAAUGGUGCAGGAGUGGGAGAGACAUUUUUGCAGUGGUGUGGCCACUAUUUAGGAAUCCAUGUUCUUAUAAGUAGUUCCUCACCUCACUUCUACAAAGAACCCCAAAUGGAAUCAUUGGAUAAAAUAACUUCCUAAAUAAACCUCACAUGAAAAUAGAGGACGAGUAAUUAAGAAGAGGAAGCAAGUUGGUGGGGGUAAGAAAAGGACGUGAGAGGGCUGAUAAUAACCAAAAUAGCAUAUGCACAUUGUGAAACAUCAUAGUGAAACCUCUAAUUAUUUGUCAUUAAUGUAUUAUUAUUAUUAAAAAUUUAAUUUUUACUUUUACUGUGUAAGAGUAUUUUGCCUAUGUCUCUGUAUAUCUGAUAAGUGUACAUGGCACUUGCGAAGCCCAGAAGAGGGCAUCAGACACCUGGAACUGGAGUUAUAGAUGGUUGGAAAAACUGAGGACUGAACCCAGAUUCUCUCCAAGAGUAGCAAGUUCUUUUAACUGCUGAGCCAUCUCCCUAGUACUCUAAUAAGUUUCUUAAAAAGAAUUUAAAUGCUAGAAUAUGAUUAAAUACAGGGAAGUUUUCACAACAAACUUCUCAAUGCAGUUAAAUGUUUCAGAAUCAAAAAGAAAAACACUUUGUUUUAAUGACUGUAGAUUGUAAUGGCCUGUUGUGACAUCAUUGUAGUGAUGUGCUACUGAAUCAUGGUGGCAGGGACUCACAGGUCCUUCUAAUAAAGAUGCCAAAUAAAAGAGCAAUAAUGAAUGAAUCUGGUAAAUGUAAGGUAUGUGCUGAAUAAUUUUAUGUCAACUUGAAAUAAGCUAAAGUCAUUUGAGUGCCAGGAAACUCAAUUUAAAAAUGCCUCCCUACAAUCAGGCUGCAGACAAACUUUUAGGGCAUUUUCUUAAGUACUGAUGGAUGGCAGAAAUCCCACCCAUAGUUGUCCUUUUUUAUAAGAAAGCAAGCUGAGCAAGCCACGAGGAACAAUCCAGUAAGCAGUGCCCACCCAUGGCCUCUACAACAGCUUCUGCUUCCAGCUUCUUGCCUCGUUUGACUCAUACCCUGACUUCCGUCAACUGAUGAACAGUGAUUUAGAAAUGGAAGUCGAAUAAACCCUUUCCUCCCCAAGUUCUUUUAGUCAUGAUGUUUCUACACAACAAUAGUAACCCUAAAGAAGACAAGUUCAUACAAGAUAGUGUGGUAUUUCUGUGGCUGCCGGCCAUGGGUUUUGGGAAAGUUUGUAGAAGGACAUUGGAAGUAUGGGCUAGAAAACCAUCAAGUGUUGAGAGCUCACUGGGCCAUCUUUAGGAGCCUGGUGGAUAAGAGUGUUGGGGUCAUAUGAGUUAAGAAUCCAUGGUUCUUGGUAUUGGGAGCUGAAGAAUCAGCUAUGAUUAGCAAGGAAUCAGAAUUACAAAAGUGAAACUUUUGCUGGAAUACUCAAUGUUGACCAGAUGGGGUUGAUUACAAAGAGACCAGCAUCUUAGAGGUGAGGUCUUCUGGACAGUGUUUCCUGAGAGUCAGCACACACAGACUGUGUUCCAGACAUGGCCAAGAUUGUACCUUGUGCUGGCAGCCAAACUCGGCAGUAUAGGAACCACCCAGGUGGUGCUAGUUCUAAAGGUGAGAAGGCGUCAUGGGAGCUAGGCACUGUGUAGCAGAACUGGAUUCCACAGAGAAAGCCCAGAAUAGACUACUAGUUAAAGUGCAGUUGUAGUGGGAGACCCAAGUAUUUUGGAGAUGCCAGUUCCAUGGGAUGACCCCCAAGCACAGCAGGAGCAGUGGAGUGAAGCCAGACAGAGCUUAGAAGACCAGCUGUGUGUGCCACAGAGGGCGGGCUACAGAAGUAACUCAAGAGUUGAUGGUGAGCAACACAUAGUUCAGUUAUGGACCCUGUGUCCAGGUGCUCACUGGGGCCUCUACCACUGGGCCUGUUCUUCAAAAGAGUUUGUGGUGAAGCCAGACUCCUAAAAAGGGGAUUAAGAGCAAAGUCUAAGGAACUGCAGAAUGCAAGAACUUGGAGCAAAAGGAAGGAUUUUGAAAGUUCCAGCUGAGCAACCUGAGACACAAAAGCAGAAGUCCUCCCCCAAAGCCAGCAGAGCUGUGAGGUUAGUAAGUGUUUCAUUGUUGUGUAGAGACAAUAU